AUGUCCAGAUCUCUAUGUCCAUCCAAGCUUAACUGCACAUCACCUGGCGCCUGGGAGCCUAACAGUGAUAUAGCUGGUCGGGGGGUCCUUAUUGGAUUCGUCGGAACAGGAUAUCUUGUCUUCCUCCUCCUUGUGGUUCACUACUUCGUAGCAUACGAUCCAGACCUGCCUCCUGUGCAGCAGGUGAGUGAUGGCGAGAGACAAAGCCAAGCAACGAGUCUAGAACGGCUACCAGGGAAUAUCCCAGGGCCUCCCAGCACAAAUGUCUACAUUUCUAGGGAUUGCAUCCAUUUGAGACCGAAUCUGGUCGACGUCAAUCUUCUCGCUUUGGUUAGAACAUGGGUGGCAAGGCUUCUGAUCCUUGCGGGAGCAUCACUCCCGCUCGCUAGCGAAAGUCGCUCGAAACGCGUCAGGCAUUGUUUCAAUAUGUGCAUAAUCGCCAUUUGCGAUGUGCAAAUGAUCACAGGAAUGAGCAUUCUCAUCGGCGGAUUCAUAUGCUUGGACGAACACCUAUCGGCUCUCCAUUGGCAGAUCAUCACCUACCUGGCUUGGUUUUCCAGUGUCACCCAUCUGUCUGGUCUGACGGUUCUGAGGAGGUAUUUCCAGACACGCCCACUGGAAAGGUCAUUGCGAAUCACCCUUAUGCUUACCCUGUUAUCCAUUCUCAUAGUGGCCAUGAUUCCAUCCGGUUUCUUCAACUGGAAAUCGCCACGGGCUGACUCUACUGAUCCUCAGCCAAUUGCAGCUUUAGCCAAAUCGCCUGCGGCAUGCUUCUUCAACCUGGCUUGUGGAGAACAACUCUAUCGAGAGAGUUUCAGGAGGAGUUGCACUGAAUUUUGUUACAAAUCAUACAAUGAAUCAGAACAACAGUCAAACUGUCUACGAGAUUUCCCCUCUUAUCUCGAUGGCUUCGAUUGCCGUCGGUUGGGGAAAUCGUCUGCAUUGCAAGAAAUGGUUAUCUCAACAGUCUUACUCCUCUUCGGGUUUGCUUCGAGGGCAUUCAAACUGUCAAGUCGUGCUUCUAGCACAAUCCAUCGGAGGUUCACCUUGCCAGUAAGAAACUACGCGCUUGACUGCUUCACAAAGCUGGAAAAUUUGGUCCCAAACCAUGAGAGACAGGCCAGUAGAAGACAGUACCUCGAUAAAAUUCUCUCUGAUGCAUGGCGGCAUUUGGUGGUGAGACCUGUACUUGCGACUCUUCUAGUCGUGUCGGCACAUUUCGAGCUUUUCAAUUCCAUGCUCGGAGAAGUGUAUGGCGAUGCGCGAUAG